UCCAAAGAUCGUAUAGCGGCGCCGCUGGGCGGCGCUAUAAGAUCUGUGCAUGGUACGUACGUAAAAUAUUGCACAAGAUGUGGUAAACACUGUAAAACAGUUACGAAUACUAUUUGUAGGUCUUACCUAACACUGCUUUAACGUGUUGCCUUUUAAUAAAAGACAGUACAGAUUCGGCAGUGAGGCACAAGUAUACUCUUUGUUUCUCAACGUGGGCAACAUACCAGUGAACAGUUCUACUACUACUAGUCUACUUCUUGGUAUUGCCAUUUAUUUGGUACCUACUUAGUUUGAAGCAUAGAUCACCCCUAUCACACAAACAGAAAGCACAAACACUGCACUAUGUCUUCCACUGGUAAAGUCGUCACACCGGUCCCCUGUGUGUCCCCGGCGCCCAAUCCGUGGAAGGUUGCAGCUCCAACAAGACCAGCAUGCUCCUUGGCCAGCGUGAUGGAUGAAGAGUUUGCCAAGAAGUUACAAAAGGACGAGGAAGCGCUAACAACGAAGCUUGAUCCAGGUGGUCAGUUACAAGCACAAGGACCUUUGACUGAUUAUGAGUAUGCCCUGUCCUUGGACACCAGUGGCGGCAAUGCUGGCACAGACAGUGACCUCCUCCUCGCCCAGAUGCUGCAGCUGCAGUUUGACCAGGAGCACGACGCCGUGCUGGCCGUGGAAGAGAAAAAGAAGAAUGCUAACAGCAAAGUGAGCAUCUCCUAUGCCAACUUUCGCGCAGUACAUCCAGCCAUAGGCAAGGACGAGAACCCGGCUAUUUACGCCGACAGUGACAGCGAUGACGAUGAUGACGAUAUUUGGGAGUACACUGAAAAAGGAGUAUCCUCUCCCAAGAAAACCCCAACCACAAAGGAUAAGAACGGAACCAUGACCACAAAACAUGACGCAGUGAUCUGUGGCAGGAAGAAUGCAUCCAAAGUUAUGGAGAAAUUCCCGCCUGGUUUCAACAGCGGAGAUGACGUGGGUAUGGACAUGAAGCUACCCAAUAAUGUGUUCAACACACUCAAGCAGCACAGCCAGACGGCAGAGCGCAAGACGCACCGAGUGCACGAGAAGAAGGAGCACUCCACCGCGGUCAUGGCCAUGGAUCCCAACACCAGGCUGCUACUCUACAAGUUGGUCAACAAUGGCAUCUUGGAGUCAGUGAAUGGGACAAUCAGCACUGGGAAAGAGGCCGUAGUGCUUCAUGCCAACGGAGGCCAGCACCAGAGGUUGUUAGUCCCGAGAGAGUGUGCCCUCAAAGUCUUCAAGACGACACUGAACGAGUUCCGGACUCGACGCAGGUACCUGCCCGAUGCACUGAGUCGCAUGAACCCACGCAAGAUCAUCGGCAUGUGGGCAGACAAAGAAAGAAUGAACCUCAACAUGAUGCGCAAGGCCGGAAUCCGUUGCCCCGAGGUCAUCCUUCUCAAGAAGCACCUCCUGGUCAUGUCCUUCAUUGGCGAGCACCAGAGAGCUGCACCCAAGUUGAAGGAUGCCCAGCUGUCCCCAGAAGACAUGCAGCUUGCCUAUGAUCAAUGCACAGAGAUGAUGGAGAAGAUGUACAAGCAGUGCCAACUCGUCCAUGCCGACCUGAGUGAAUACAACAUGAUGUGGUUUAAUCGCGAAGUCUGGUUCAUCGACGUCAGCCAAUCGGUGAAGCCCUUCCAUCCAGAGGGGCUGAAAUUCCUGCUGCGCGACUGCACCAACGUGUCAAAUUUUUUCACACAUCGAGGUGUCCCAAAUGUGGCCACACCCAGAGAGCUCUUCAACAGAAUCACCGACCUGAAUUUACAGGAUGGAAGUGAGCAGGAGUUCAUAGCCCAGAUUGAGGUCAUUACAGAAGCUGAAGAAUUCAAGGCGCUCGCGCCAAAGGAGAAGAACUUUGCGUUUGACUACUUCUUUGAGCAGACCACAGCAGAGAGGAGCGAGAGAGAGCGGAAGGAGAGUGAGGGGAAGGAAGGGGAACCAGAUGAAGAGGCGGAAGGGUCGAAUUAAUGGACUAAUUUACUUUAUUAAAAUUUAUCAGGCAAAGCUAUCUUCAUAUUCUAUUGUCAAAAGUCUGUUUUCACAUUUUCACAUGUGAAGCAGAACUAUGUUAUUACAGUGUGGUUUACAUUGUUAAUGCCACAUACAGAGGCAUUGUCUUUUAUGUGGCAUUUUCAGCCUUGCUGUGGUUCUCAUGCCCAUAAGCUGGACACAUUACCAUAAUUCUUUGGCCGCCACAUGGCAACAGGUGUCUCAACCUUACAGAUUUGAUUGUUCUGCAAGCCUUGUGAGCUCCUGCAGAUGUUGGAAACAGUUCAAGACAACUUCCAUGCAUAGCCCUAGGUGAUAAUCAUAAAGCGCCUAACCUAAAUUUCUAUCAAAAUUGAUGCAAAUGAUUUUCACUAAUGAAACUUUCACCGACCAGACUAAUUGCUUUUGUUGUGUAAAAUGUGCCCAGACAGGUGACCUUCCAACAGCCAACUCUUUAAAAAUUCUGAGAUCUUAUUUUCCAGUUGUCUAGUUGGUCUAGUUUUCCCUACUGUGCAGUAUUGUGAUGCCUUCAUGUGCGAUGUCAAUAACAUUAAUUUUCAAAUCAACUUGACCCCAACAGCCAGAGGUCACUCAGAAAACCCUGUUCUUGCCAUUCUCUGAGGUCAUGCUCAAAGUACUUCGCUGUUGCUGGCAGUAACGCACAAAUGUAUGUGAAAUGUUGCAGCUGCUAGCUCUUGGCGUCCAUAGGAGCAUGUGUACUUCUAGCCAGAGUCCAUAAUUUCAGCACAGGGUAAUGCUUGACCUGGUAGACAGUAGCAGUGCUUGAUUUACAGCCACUAAAAAGAGAAGGAAAGAGUUUAAACUGAUUGUGUUUUCAUGGGUAAAAGUCGCACAGUUAUUUAUUUGACUUAAAUCAUAUAAAGCUGUUUCAAAGAUGGCGUGAUUGAGCGGGAGUCAUAAGUGCAGUUGUUUGCAGGCUUUAGCGUAGUCUGGGGAGUUGUUUAGGAUCGGUUAUUGUGUGAUGGUUGUAGAGUAAUUAGCAAAUGUGUAGGAAUUGUGAAAUUUCAUCUUGGAAAAGUAUAAUAAUGUAUUGGCUGGCACAUUGAUAAUGGCAGAACAUGCUGAUCGCUAUCAUGCCCAAGUAAAAGUUGCCCCUAAGAGCGAUUAUCCCUGAAACAAACUAUACCAAAAUAUCAGAGUCAUAUAGGGGAAGGGAGUUACAGGACCUGGUGUCCCCUUUCCACCAGUUCCCAAUUUUGUUUAUUUUCAAGAGUCAUACCCAGUCUUUUUUUUUCGUCCGCUCUCAAGAGGUUAAGGAACCGAAGGGUACUUGACAUUUCGGACAGAAUGCUUUGUCCAAUGUCUGUACCAUUUCAGCUGAAUACAUACAUUGGUUUGCCACAGUUGGCACAUGAGAAAUGUUCUUUUUUCUGGUAUCGUUUUUUGCCGGUCACCCUUAUCUCUUGAGACUCUGGAUGUCAUUGAAUAAAGAAUUACUACUCACAAAAACAUAAAACGUUAUGGCAUUAAAUUCAAAAGUGAGCCAAGCCCAUUCAAGGCAAACAUGCCAACUUAUGUUAAAUUUGGAGGUCGCACAAAUUGAUUAAUGUACUUUUUAUAGGCCCUGUUGGGAAGAGUUCCAUGUACGGACGUCAGUAAUUAUUCCUUAUGGUGACCCGUUAGCCGCCAGAGAGCAAAAUCAUGUCCGAAAUGUGUAAUUUAGGAGGGAAAAAACAAGUCGUUUACUUUGGGAACACUUCCAAUUUUUCAGACCAGUCUCAUAAGGUUUGUGUACAGGGGAAUCCCCAUAUGAAACUUUCCGGACAGUUCGCUAUAUUCUAAAGUGGCUUCAAAUGAUAAAAAGUGGCUGAAUGUUGACGACUGUAACCUAAAAAUAUGUCAACAUGGACGUGGCUUUCCUUUUGUUAAUUAUAUUAAAGUACCCAUUACAACACAA